AUGAAAGUAAAUGCAAGGUCUUUGCUCGUUACCGUGGGAUUUCUGUGUACAGGAUGUUUUUGUUUACCGGAUGGAUGUGGCGUUAGUGAUGAGUCAAAGUACAGCUCUACGGUGAUCGUUGACUGUUCCAAACUGAAUUUCGCGACGGUUCCUAGUGAUAUACCUCCCAACGCUGAGUGGUUUACAAUCAAAUUCAACAACAUCAGAAAUGUUACAUACCUGCCGCCACUGCCCAAACUGUACACACUGGACAUGAGCUAUAAUUCUAUUGAAAGUGUGUCCUGGAUGUCUCUGCGGACUUUGCCAGCUUUGGCCAUUCUUGAGCUACAAGGGAACCAACUGAAGUACGUAAAGCUCGACAUCGUCAUUGCGCAUCUCCUGAAGCUGAAAUUUGUCAAUCUAAGUAUGAACAAACUUGCAUCAUUCUCUGCGUACGCGCUGGGAUUGCCACAGGUGACCCAAGUAGUAAUCUACAAUAACCCCUUUCACUGUGACUGUGAUCUUUCCUGGCUGAUUGCCAAGAUGGCGUGUUUACAAGCCUGUAAGGGGAAAGGCGGACAGGCCUGUUGUUCGUCGUGUUCAGCCUGUUUUCUUGUUAUGACCCCCGAAGGACUUUUUAACUGCAUCAGUCCGCGUCAAUUUCAUGGGCGUCAUUUGUCCGCUGUGUCCACCCAGCUGACGGACUGUGGAACGACUCACCAAGCCGAGACCAAACUACAGAGGGCAGAAAAUGUUACCUUUCUUACCAACGUUCACUGCAGUCACCUUGGUCUCGUCACGGUGCCUAGUGAUAUACCGUCCAACGCUGAACGGUUUAAUAUCGCGUACAACAACAUCAGAAACGUUACCUACCUGCCGCCACUGCCUCAACUGUACACACUGGACCUGAGCUAUAAUUCUAUUGAAAGUGUGUCUUGGAUGUCUCUGCGGACUUUGCCAGCUUUGGCCGUUCUUGAGCUACAAGGGAACCAACUGAAGUACGUACAACUCGACAUCGUCAUUGCGCAUCUCCCGAAACUUAAAUUUGUUAAUCUAAGUAUGAACAAACUUGCAUCAUUCUCUGCGUACGCGCUGGGAUUGCCACAUGUGAUUCAGAUAGGAAUCAACAAUAACCCCUUUCACUGUGACUGUGAUCUUUUCUGGCUGAUUAUUGAGAUGACGUGUUUACGAACCUGUAGUGAAAAAGAUGGACAUGUUUGUUGUUCUUCAUGUUCAGCCUGUUUUCUUAGCAAUUAUAUGGAUAAACACGCACGGUUUGACUACAAGAGUCCGAGUCAGCUGCAUGGGCGCCAUUUGUCCACUGUGUCCACCCAUCUGACUGACUGUGGAACGACCCACCAAACCGAGACCAAACUCCAGAGGGCAGAAAAUGUUACCUUUUUUAUCAACGGUUCAGAAACCAACGACACACACAUCCAAAAGUUGAAGAAAAUGCCCCACAAGAAUAAGAGCUCGGCAAGGGUGUCAACAAGACCUACACCGACCAGCGCCUCUAAAUCAACUACCGAAAACACGACAGAAAAAAAACCUGGACAUCAACGUCCAGUUAUGAUCAUAAACAUCAUUAUUCCGCUGAACAUCUGCCUAAUUUUGAUUUGUUUCCUUGUACGGUAUGUGAUUAUUCGUGACCUUUGUAGCAAUCACAGGGAAGAUGCCAACAUUGGGUGUUUUUGUUUACCGAAUGGAUGUGAAGUUAGGAAGUCAAUCCCCCCCUCUAAGGUGUUAGUUGACUGUAGUAGCCUUCAUCUCGUCACGGUGCCUAGUGAUAUACCGUCCAACGCUGUGCGGUUUGAAAUCGCGUACAACAACAUCAGAAACGUUACGUACCUGCCGCCACUGCCAGACCUGUACACACUGGACCUGGGCUAUAAUUCUAUUGAAAGUGUGUCCUGGAUGUCUCUGCGGACUUUGCCAGCUUUGGCCGUUCUUGAGCUACAAGGGAACCAACUUAAGUACGUACAACUCGACAUCGUCAUUGCGCAUCUUCCGAAGCUGAAAUCUGUUAAUCUAAGUAUGAACAAACUUGCAUCAUUCUCUCAGUACGCGCUGGGAUGGCCACAGGCGACUCAAAUACGAAUCAACAAUAACCCCUUUCACUGUGACUGUGAUCUUUCCUGGCUGAUUAUCAAGAUGGCGUGUUUACAAGCCCGUAAGGGAAAAGAUGGACAGGUCUGUUGUUCUUCAUGUUCAGCCUGUUUUCUUAGCAAUUAUAUGGAUCAACACGCACGUUUUGACUGCAAAAGUCCGAGUCAGCUGCAUGGGCGCCAUUUGUCCACUGUGUCCACCCAGCUGACGGACUGUGGAACGACCCACCAAACCGAGCUACAGAGCACAGAAAAUGGCACCUUUCUUAUCAACAGUUCGGAACCCAACGCCACACAGGCCCCAUUGUGGAGCAAAGGAACCUACGAGAACCAUAGUUUGGCAAGGAUGUCAACAAUUCCUACAUCUACCAGCGCUUUAACAUCUGUAAAGUCUAUGGGUAAAAAGCAAGAAGAAAAUAUCCAAUACAUCAUUCUUUUUAUUGUUGAAAAAUGCCUGACUGUAGCUUUUAUUUCCUUCAUCGUCCGGUUCAUAGUGAGGUACAAUCUGUGUUGUAAUCGCCGGAAAGAUCGCAACAAGGACGCAGAUCACCAUUCAAUUCGGUUACAUCAGAUCGUGCCACCGAUAGAAAACAUUUCGUACAUCGCAACUGACGCAGGGGGUUCGAACCCCAGACAGCCAAUUGCACAUCAAAUUACACCCACGUCACCGAUAGUAAACUCUGCACGCCAGUGUACCUCUGCAGGAGGCUUGCAUGGCGGAUAUUUGGUUACCUCGGGUGAAAACCAGAAUACACCAUCGGUAGAAAAUUAUGAAAACUACUCUGCAGAAGGUUUGAAUUACGAGCAUCUUUAUGACAAUAAUGACGAUGAUGGAAAAUAUAGUAAGCAGCUGGAAGCUACAACGUCAUCAGUCAGUCCUUAUAUUGCAGAGCCAGAGGAUUAAUUCCUUAGUUGAGCGUCUGGUAUUAUUUACUUACUCUAAUUUCAAUGAAAUAGUAGGGAAUUUAGUUCUGUUGGAAUAAUAUGAUUGAUAUUGUUUCAUAGAAACGUUGUA